CCGGACACCCAGCGUUUCUGGCCGAGUAGGUGAGGGCCAUGGGGCCCGCGCCCCUCCUGCUGCUGCUCUUGGGGGUCCUGGCGGGGGAGACCUGGGCAGGCUCCCACUCCCUGAGGUAUUUCUACACCGCGAUAUCCUGGCCCGGCCUCGGGGAGCCCCGCUUCAUGGCCGUGGGCUACGUGGACGACACGCAGUUCGUGCGGUUCGACAGCGACUCCCUGGACCAGAGGAUGGAGCCGCGGGCGCCCUGGGUGGAGCUGGAGGGGCCGGAGUACUGGGCGCGGCAGACGAGGAAGGCGAAGGGCGCCGCACAGACGUUCCGAGACAGCCUGCGCGCCCUGCGCCGCUACUACAACCAGAGCGCGGCGGGCUCUCACACCCUCCAGGAGAUGUACGGCUGCGACUUGGGGCCCGACGGGCGCCUCCUCCUCGGGUACGAUCAGUGUGCUUAUGAUGGCGCCGAUUACCUGGCCCUCAACGAGGACCUGCGCUCCUGGACCGCGGCGGACACGGCCGCGCAGAUCUCCCGGCGCAAGUUGGAGGCGGCCGGAGACACGGAUCAACUGAGGAACUACCUGGAGGGCACGUGCGUGGAGUGGCUGCGCAGAUACCUGGAGUUCGGGAAGGAGAUGCUGCAGCGCUCAGAUCCCCCAAAGACACACAUGACCCACCACCCCACCUCUGAGCAUGAGGUCACCCUGAGAUGCUGGGCCCUGGGCUUCUACCCUGCGGACAUCACCCUGACCUGGCAGCGAGAUGGGGAGGACCUGACCCAGUACACGGAGCUGGUGGAGACCAGGCCUGGGGGGGACGGAACCUUCCAGAAGUGGGCGGCUGUGGUGGUGCCUUCUGGAGAGGAGCAGAGAUACACAUGCCAUGUACAGCAUGAGGGGCUGCUGGAGCCCCGAGUCCUGACUUGGGUGUCCCAUCCUCAGCCCACUGCCUCCCCCAUGGUCUUCCUUGCUAUUGUCCUGGUUCUCCUUGUAGCUGUUCACAUUGGAAUUCCAGUGGCUACAGCUGUGAGGUGCAGGAAGAAGCACUCAGGGGAAAAAGGAAGAAGCUACACUCAGCCUGCAGGGUGAGGACAGCUGCCUUGUAGGGACUGAGUGAUGCAGGAUUUCUUCUCAUCUUCACUUCGUGGCUUCAACAUCCACUGGUUUUCCUGUUGCAAAAGGCCUAUGAGGGCCUCCCUGGUGGUGUAGAGAGUUGAGCACAGUGCUGUGAAAGUGCCCGCAGCCUCUGCAGUACGGGUUCGGUUCGUGGCCAGCCACAGAAAGACACAUAUGGUGAGGCAGACCUCUCCUGUCUCGCCAGCUGCUCCCCUCAGCAGUGUCUUUCAGUAGAUCUGCCUGGUGAAUCCUCUCACCCCCCACAUGUGGCCUGUACCCCAGUUCUUAUAUAAAUAAAUAUAAGAUUGAUGAGUUCAUUAGUGGGGUUACUAAAAUUUAUGAUUACAUAAAUCAGAGACAGGAGAACCAGCCAGAACUACACGUUCGCUGUGCUGAAUCUGUGCAAGUAGGGGCAGGAGAGGCUGUGAGAGCCAAGGGAGUUGGGGCCUGUGUCUAGUCGGUACUCAUGGUCACUCCUCAGGGGUCAUCUCUCUACUCCUUUGUCCUUGUGCUUCAGUAGCGCCUGUCCCAGCCGGACCUGUGAUCACAGGGACUCAGACACCACCUGGCACUGUCCUGUCUCCAGGAUGUGGGUGGAGGCUGUCUGUGGCCUGGUCAACUUAGGUUCAGGGCAGUUUGGUCCUCAGUAUUCAUACUCUAUGUGUUUAUAUUUUAUUUUGGUUUUUACUUUUUUAUGUCUGUUCAUAUUUAGCAAACAGGCCUCAUCUCCUCUGGGUGUCUCUGACAGCAGCAGGAGGCAUCUGCAUUGUCCCCACAAGACCCAGGGUGGCCCCUGCAUACUGGAGUACAUGAUGUUAGAAAUUGAUUUCCAGACUCAUCCUGUUCUUGGCCUCAUUUUAGUACUAUAUUCUGGAUUAUUCUUUCAAUCUUUUCACAUCUUUUUAAAGAAUACUACUGCUGGUAUUAGUAGAGAGGAUGAUUCGGUAAUUUUUUGUCUUAAUGUCCUGUUGGAUUUCUAUUUCCUCUACAGCUUCUCCCUCUAAAACUUCCCUUAAGUAACCCUGCCCAGAGUGUGUGAGGACAGGGAGGAUGCCUGCUCCCUAGCGUGGUCAGUGUGGGCCUCACUUAGGUGACCUUUCAGAAAGAAGGACACUUUGCCCACGGCAUUGUCCAGAGAAGUUCAGUCCAGGCAGGACAAAUUCCAGUGCAGAUACCUUAGGCAGGAAUUUGUGUGACUGAGAUAAAGACUGCUGGACUGGAGGGCACCUGAGAUAAGAUCUGUGUGUACCCAGAUCAUUCAGGCCUGGAGGAUGUUGGGUUUGACUUUGAGUAAGAUGUGGCGUGACAAGAGCUUCUGAACAGAUACACACCUGUGGGACUUCUCUUUAGGAGCCUCAGUCUGGCCGCUGUGCAGCAUGGAAGGAUGCGAGGUCGGAAAAGAAAUGGAGGAAACCAGUGCAGGUCCCAGGACAGAGAGGUUGGGGGAGGAGAGGAGAACAGGAAAAUAAUAGGAAGUGAUUGGAUCUGUGUAUAUUUAGACAUGGACUUUACAGCAUUUCCUACUGCUGGGCUGUGAGAAAGGGGUCAAGGAUGACAGUGUCUCAGACUGUGCAGGCAGAGAGGUGGAGCCUCAGUGACAUGAGGAGACCCCAGAAGAACCAUAUGUGGGCAUCCUAGGUGUUCAAUUUAGGAAAGGUGAAGCUGAGAUCUAUUAGAAAUGAAAGUGAUGUUGGCAACUGGACAGACAAGUCUGGAGAAUAGAUGAAAAAUCGGAGUUAAGAAAUAGACUUGGGAGGUGAUAGGAUGAAUGAUGUUUGAAGUCUUGAGCUUAGAAAGGUCCCCCAAGUAGUAAUAACUAAGGAAAAGAAAGGAACAGGUUAAAACCCAGACCCCCAGUUAUGAGCAAUCUGAGCAGACACCCCCUAGAGCCUAUUGCACUGUCUGAUACCAUGUGGAGACUGCACGGAGCCCCCAAUUCAGUGAGGGAGCCCCCAAUUCAGUGAGGCCAGAAAUCACCUGGCUGCUAGAAUGUCUGAAACAGAGUCUGAGAUUCUAUUAUUCAACUUCUUUCCUCACCCUAGUGAUGGAGAAUUUAGGGUUGAUUCCCAGGAGGAGAUGCUUUCAUCCCUGGAAACAAGCAAAUAACAGGGACUCUGGAGUCCAAGGUUUCAUCCAGAGACUGAGGGAAACUGUAUACUUGGGGGACUUACCAGAACCUGGGAACCUGCUAUUAUGACAUGGAGACCUGGCUCUUCCCUGAGGCCUGUGUCUCCUCCCCCUGAGUGAUGGACCCUGGGGAGCUGGUCAGCACCUCCCUCCCCACUCUGUGGAAGGUUCCUAGUGCUGGGAUCCCCACAGGCCCAGGAGAGAGGAGCCUCCUGAGACCCGAGUGUCCCUGGGGGUCAUUCUCAGAGUUGCAAUAAUGUACUGACCUUGAGGAAAAGACAUCUUCGCUACUUCUGUGGAUUUUGGUUAUGUGGGUUUUUAACUUCAGUAGGAUUAGAGAAUUGCAAGUUUGUCACAUCACUAAACUCAAUCUCAACAUGAAAUAGUAUCCAGAAUUUCCAACCAUAACAUGUGAAUUCCCACAUGGCAAAAUGAUUAAGGAGUACUUACAAAUAAGCCAGCCUAGGAAAUUUCUAAGUAUAAUAAAUGACACCAAGAUCAAAUUAAGAAAAUCAAAUAAAGAACUUAAAGGAGAAAAUUUGAAUUUUAUGGGGAUUAUGAAUGUGCUGAACUAAAUAUUCCUUCAUGUGUCCCACGGGGUGAAUUAUAAUGCACUGAGAACCUUCUGUGGGUCAGGUCCUUUCAGUCAUAAUUUCACUCUCCCAACGAUAAUCCCUCCAGGCACCUUCUAUCCUCGAUAAAGCAGAUGAUGUUCAGAGAAACACUCCAUGUCCUAUCCCACAGCCUGGAGUCUGCUGAGUCAGAAGCCCCCCAGUGCUGCAGGGGGCAUUGUUGCCCCAGCCAGAUAGGAUACUGACAAGCAGCUAAGAGAAAAGGCCACACACCGUGGGGCUGAUGAUAUGGCAUCCCUUUGCUUUUUGUUCUUGGUCAUAGAGAGAGAAAAAUUUAUCAGAAAGUAUAUUAGGCAAUAAAUUAUAUGUGUCAGCAUACUGUCAGUAAAUGGCACAGAAAAUUAUCUGUUUAGAAAUUAGUUGUUGGGCUGUUUGGCCCACUGGACAAUGGGAGAUGGUUUGUUGAACAUGCCUGACAAGCAUUACAAUACAAUAAUUAUAGUAGGUCCUUCUUUUGCCUUCUCUUGAAGUUUCUUGGGAAAGUUUUUAAAUGAAGCUAUUUGAGUUAAGGAGUUUCUAGGUAGAAAAUGUUCUGAUAGCUGAGUAGCAGCCGGUCCCCGGCAGAAGGCCAUGAGGAUAAGAAAAGUCUUUUCUUGCUUAGGCUUUAGCUGAUAGGGAUGUACUGGCGGCGAUCCACUGUCUUAGGUUAUUGUUUAGCUUAAACAAUGAGUUCUAGUGUAAGGCUUAGUUUUUUAUUAAGCUUGAAGGUUGCCUUCUUGCUGAGAGCAUGUAGUGGCCAAAAGCCCAUGGAAAAAGAGAUGCACUGAUUGUUUCUGCUUUGUUUCUAUGCACAUGAUAAUGUCAUCUCACUGCUUGCAAAAAAUGUAUAAAUAAAGAACCUGCUGAGUCUCUCAGCAGAAGAUACU